AUGGAGAGUAAUCCUAAUCAGGAACUAAAAGUUAUCACGGCUGGCAAGGUUUACCGGCGCGAUGAAGAUGACGCAACUCAUACCCACCAAUUCACUCAAAUAGAAGGUUUUGUAGUUGGCCGGGAUAUUUCUUUUGCUUAUUUAAAAGGUACUUUAGAAUUAGUUUUAAAAAAAUUAUUCGGUGAAAAUCAUCCGAUUCGUUUUCGACCUUCUUAUUUUCCUUUUACUGAACCGAGUGUGGAAGUGGAUGCCCAAUGUCCUCCUUGCCGAGGCCAAGUUACACCGGCUGGCAAGGACUACCGGCGCGAGGAAGACCACGCAACUCAUACCCGCCAACUCACUCAAAUAGAAGGUUUUGUAGUUGGCCGGGAUAUUUCUUUUGCUUAUUUAAAAGGUACUUUAGAAUUAGUUUUAAAAAAAUUAUUCGGUGAAAAUCAUCCGAUUCGUUUUCGACCUUCUUAUUUUCCUUUUACUGAACCGAGUGUGGAAGUGGAUGCCCAAUGUCCUCCUUGCCGAGGCCAAGGUUGUAAUAUCUGCAAAAAAACUGGCUGA